AUGAGCGAAUUAGUUUGGGGAAUCAAAAAUGGGGACAUAGAUCAAGUAAAACAAAUCAUAGAACACAAGCAAAUUGAUGUCAAUGCCCUUAUAGACGGUAGAGUUCCACUCCAUUAUGCUGCAGAUUAUGGUCAAACUGUAGUUUUAAACUAUUUAUUGGAUAAAGGUGCAGAUCCUAAUAUGGUGGACAAGCAUGGCAUAUCUGUACUUUUAGCUGCUAUUUGGGAAGGACAUACAGACUGUGUUAAGACACUAUUAAAAAAUGGUGCCUCUAAGGAUGGCAAAACACCUGAUGGAACACCAUAUAUCGAAGCUGCUGAGAAAGAAGAAAUUAAAGAACUGCUCACAUAG